AUGAAACUUGAUCAAGAAUGCAUCUGCAAAAGCAAUCAACAAACGAUCGAGGCAUAUGGAGUACAAAUUUUUCAUCAUUUUUCUUCUUCCUAUUUGCCACAAGUUUUGUCAGAUGAUUCAUUCACUCAUUCCAGAGAGAAGCUGGUUCAAUUCAUAAGCAUUCAUAAAACCUGCCUGUGUUCAACAACAGUUCUCAUAUCUGGAAGAGCUUUGAUCUCAUGUAAAGAAACUAGUUUGUUUGCGACAGAUGAGAAAAUGCUUUUCUUAAAUAAAAUUUUCGUUGAAGCUCAAAACAAACAAAGCUUGAUCGGUGCUAUGCUUGCUUAA